GCCUGCCUGCCAUCCUUUAAUUUGAGCUCAGCCGCCGUGGGCUUCGCACUCAAACACACAGAGAGGGGGGUCUUCUAAUUCUGCAUCUUCUGAGGGGGGAAAAAAAGGAGAUCCGAUAGGAUUUUUUUACACCACCCCGGGGCCUGACCUUUUUUUUUAAUCCAUCCCGGAGUUGGAUUUUCUUUUAUCUCUAAAAGCCUCCUCGGGUUUUUUUCUUUUUCGAGUUUUCUUUUUCAUUUUUGUUGCGAAGGAAAAAGACAAUGGGAGCCCAGUUGUCCAAGGGUGGAGUGGAGGUGGAGGGGAAGGCCGCCGCCGACCCUGCUGCUGCCAAAGCCAACGGCCAGGAGAACGGCCACGUGAAGACCAACGGCGAUGUUUCUGCCAAACCCGAUGGUGAAGUGGCCACUGCCGAUGGAAAUGGAACUGCCGAACCAGCCAAGGAGGGUGAGGCCGGCGCAGGGGACGCCAUUGAGGCCGCUCCAGCCACCGAGGGCGAGGCUUCCAAGGCGGAGGGCGAGGCCAGCAAGGAUGCCAAGAAGAAGAAGAAGUUCUCUCUGAAGAAUUCCUUCAAGUUCAAGGGCAUCUCGCUGAAGAAGAAUAAGAAGGGCAGCGAGGAGGGCAAGGAGGAGGCCACCUCUCCCACAACCGAGGACAAGCCAGAGGAGAACGGCCACACGGCCAAGGAGACCAAAGAGGAGACGCCGGCCGAAGAGGCCAAAGAGGGCGAGGCCGCCGCUGCCCCUGCAGCUGAGGGCGAGGCAACCAAGGCUGCAGAAGAGGCCCCACCAACAGAUGCUGCCCCUGCCGAGGAGGCAGCUGCCCCCGCCGAGGGCACAACACCUGCAGCCUCUGAGGGCGAGGCCAAAGCAGAGUGACUGCACCAGAACUGAUUUUCCAAGAUUAAAGUAUAUAAAUAUAUAUAUGAGAGACUUGUGCCACGUUCUCAAAGUUAUAAACAAAACUACAAAAGAAGACAACAAAGGAUAUAUCACGUUUGCUGAUUCAACCACCAGUUCACUGCCUUUUAUUAGUUCUUCGACAGACGGAAUCUCACCGGGCCCUCUCAUGAUGAACGCAUCAGCUUGCGUCUCUCCACCCUCCCCCUCAUGGUACACACAGGGACUGGCGUGUGGCAAAGGUAACGGCUUGGACGCAGAGCGAAUUAGGAAUACUGACUUAUUUUUCCCAAUUCAUGGAAAAAGCAUCUUUUUUUUUUUUAACAGCGUGGCUACCCUAUAACAUCAAUUUCUUUCUUUUGGGAUCUAAAAAAAAAAAAAUUUCCACUGUUUGCAGAGCUGGAGCAGACCAUCUCUCUCACUCUAAAAGACUGUUAUAUGGACACAUAAAUCUUUCAAAUGAUCUGAUUAAUUUUUAGAUUUUACAUUCCUAUGCUUUACCCCCUCCCUCUGAAUUCCAAGUAUUUUGUCAUGUAUAGAAAAGUGAUAAUCCAGGAGGGGAGAUUGGAAAUGAGCUAUGUCUUUGUUCGUGCUUUUUUUUUUUUUUGGCUAAAACCACGUUCAAGCUUCUCGAGCAUUGCAGUGUUCACAUUUCAGAGUUUAUAAUUCGGGGGGGGGGGGGGGGGGGGGGGGGUUUGGGUUGUGUACAAAUGUGAGCUUUUUAUCUGCAAACUGUCUCUGUAAAUAUGUUUUGGCCAACAUUCUUGGUUCUUUUUAUUUUGCUAUUGUUUGAAGAUGUUAAUGGUUUUAUUGUAACUUUUAAUAAGGGUAAAAAUAAAUGUUCAAUCCCCUCUCUCUGA